UGAUGGCGGCCUAUUUGAUGGCUGCACGGGCAAAAGUCAAUUACGGCUUCCUUUUCGUGUCUUUCUAUCCUGACGUUAUCUUUGCUGUGUUUUAAUCUACUCGAAUUCAGUAUUUGGAACAAUUGGAGUUUUUAGCAAAAAGGUCAACCGAGACCUCGGCGGCUAUAGAAAUUUCACAUUUCUUUUGUACCGACCGUCCUGACAGACAAACGUUGACAACGUAAACGUAGACACGAACGAGUGGGCUUUGAAAAACUCUUCAAAUGUUUGUUUUUGCGAUAUUGGCUUUGAACGCACGAAUAAUUUAUAACCGAGAUAUUGGCUUCAGAGCCUUCGUUAUGCCUUAGACGCCGUGACACCCUCGCUAGAAUACUUAAAUAUUCAAACAACUGAUUAGACGGCACACUUUCGCAAAAAAGUCGUGAAAGGUGCUAUCCUUAAGUGGGACACAACACGUUUGGUGUUAUGUUUCUUUGGAUGGUGUAAAGUUCUAUUUUUCUUGUAAAAUUAGUUGAUAUUAGCUAUCAGUUAAUGUUUCUUCAAGGGCACGCACAAACUGGGUCAAGUUUAAAACAUGGAUAAUUAAACGAAAGGCGUGCAGUGUCUAAUUAUUUCCCUUUUUGAGCACAAUAUCAGUCGCAAGCACGUCUUGGAAAACCUUUUGACGGUCAGAUUUCACACAUUCCAAUGUGAACUUUUCAGGCGCCUCAAACUGACCUGAUAACAGUACCGAACCUCCUUAGGAACAGAGUGUGUGACAUUCCUUUCUUUUUUAAAAACGAGCUCUUUAAUUAAGUUUACAGAAGCACAAUAAAAUAUUAAUUAUUGACACCGAUUGAGAUUGUCGUAUGGAAACGCUGAAUUCCGCAAUGCUUGCAGUGCAUGAAGCUCGCACAUAGUGCCUAUACACCGGGCAGAUCUAUUUGAAACGUUUGUGGACCCCCUUUGAGAGACGUACGCCAGUCGCAUAUGACGCGUUUCAAUUUAUUUUCUAUCAGUGCUGGUGACUCAAUGCACUUAGUCAAUAUUUACCUUAGUGUUUAUUAUUCACUUUCUGUGCUUUCUUCGUGCUCACUGAAUCGUUAAGACAAUACUUGAAAUUGUAGCUUUCUUGACUCACUUUGACGUAAUGAUUUGAUAGUUUUACAACGCUAAAAGGGUCGCUACGUGUUUACAAUCAAGACCGCGGUGUCCACUGGCAUAGAGUAGGUCCAUGGAGAGAUUACAGAAGAAUAAAGCCAGCAUCUUGGCGCACUCCUCUGUAGCAGACCUGGAAAAAAUCUCGACCCGAUUGGCGAUGUGCUGUCGAUGCCUGUCCCCUCAAGCUAUAAUGAUAUCACAGAAGAGCGCUGGCUCAGGGACUUUGUUGGCUGGGUCUGGUAUGAAAAGGUCUUUUAUGUGCCUCCUUCCUGGAACGCAACUCCCAAAAGAGUUGUACUACGUUUCGACAGUGUUUCCUAUCGAUGCAAAGUGUGGUUAAACAAUAAAGAGAUAUUAGAGCACGAAGGAGGAGAUCUACCGUUUGAAGUUGAUAUCACACGUGAACUAAAUGACCAUGAAAGAGACUCGCACAGGUUGACAGUGGCGGUCAAUAAUACUCUCACAAUUAGAUCACCAGGAAAAGUGGGGAGCCACUACAGCUCAGACUACUGCGAUUCAUUUAGUGAUGACGUCACAGAAGUGGACUUUGCAGGAAUCCACGGCUCAGUAAAACUCUACACCACCCCCGAGGUGCAUUUAUCUGACAUAACCGUUUUCACCGAACAUUCCUACACCAAAGCCACAGUGAAAUUCAUGACGGAAGUCGGUGUUACCAGUGAAGUCAAAUCAGAUGACAUCAUUAUGAGCUACGAGUUGCUCGACAGGAAGGGGAGAGUGGUUGGUUCUGUGGGUGGUAAAAAGAUGUUCUUCGGGGAGAUAACGGUGUUUUUCCCCACCCUUUGGUGGCCAAUUGGUAUGAGUGACACCCCAGGCUACCUGUAUACACUAAGAGUUAUCACGUCACAUAAAAGCUUUCACGAUGUAUACACCCUACCAGUAGGCUUCAGAACCGUCCGAGUGGAGGGCUCCAGAUUCCUCAUCAAUAAUGUCCCUUUUUACUUCAAGGGCUUCGGUAAACGGCAGGAUAGUGACAUUCGAGGUCGAGGUUUCGAUUACGCUACGUUGAUCAGAGAUUUCAAUCUGAUCCAGUGGUUUGGCGCCAAUUCAAUACGCACAAGUAAACACCCACCACCUGAGGAGCUUCUGGACCUCACAGACAAGCAUGGGAUCGUGGUUAUCGAUGAGAGCCCGGAACUGGGACCAGAAGAAGUUUUUCAGUAUGUGACAUAAAUGCAUGUAUUACUUUUUUACGAGGCUCUAAAACGAAUUUUAGUUUAAGGAAGCCUUUAUGAGUUAACUUACAUCUAGCUUCUAUCCAAACAUCAUGCUUGUGUCAAUCGUCAUAUAAUUUAUUUCCUUCCAAGUCGCUAUAUAUACUCGGUUGCACUAUUGAAUCCUAGCUAUUAGGAGCUUAAGCACAGACGCCUUGAAAAUCACUAACAGCAACUGGCAGUUUGUUUCCU